AUGGCAGCGCAGAAUCUGGGGAUGAAAAACGACUCGAUGCCCUCAUCCGCACGCUUUGAAAAACAACGUACAAUUGUCAGAAUGUAAUGUUUUGAGAAGAAAAUUUUGGAAAGAUUAAUGGAUUAUAAGUUGAUGUCGCUUACAAAUCCACACACCAUUCGUGGUACGCCCACACUAAAAGAUGUCGAGCGUUUUCGGGAUGGGAAUGGGUCGUUCCACGAAUUUUGUCGUUUGAAAGCGUUGAUAACUUUGAAAGAAGUGAAUGCAUCAGACGCUGAAAAAAGGAAGAAUGAGCAAAACUUCGAUGAUGAGAUAAAAAACAACAAGCAAAUCGUCGUAAAUUCAACUCUCCUGUUCAACAGCAUGAUUCGUUUCCUUUUUUUAUGAUGCUGGAUACUUGUGACGCACAAUUUGAUAUUUCGUACAUCAUGAUAAGAAUCACGAGUCUUGCUUGCUUCGACACAGCUGAAAAGAGCGCCUUAAAAUGAGUAAAAUUGCAGAGUUUGAAAGUGAUUUGUUGAAAACUAAUGAAGAUAUAGCUCUUCACAGUCGCGAAGUUUUACAGACGUUUGUAUGGUGGAGGGCACAAACUUGAAUUUGAAUGAUGAAGAAUUUUUAAACAGCGUGAAUUUACUUUUUAAGAGACAUUUUCGCCACCUCUAUUUUCCACUCGCAUCUCUUCGCGGCUAGACUCCCAUGCAGGCGUUUUUAUGGGGAGCUCGUGUAGGACGAAAUACGAGGGAGGUCCCUUAAAAACGCCUACGUGGGAGGCUAUUUCUGAUCCGUAAUGCCUGGAGCAGGCUACCUACUGAGUUGUAAUAUAAGAAGCAGAAGGGCCUCAGAAAUGCUAGACUUCGAGUAGUCCCCUAUUUUUCCUCAGUGUCGCCUUCUCGUGUGGGGUGAUUUUCACGCGCACUCGCGUUUCGCCCGUUCUACUAUCCCUGAGGAAAAAUGGGGGACUACUCGUAGUCAGUACAGAAACGCUGCGGCUUGUGCUUAAGCUUUCUUUUAGCAUUCAACGACAGAUAACGCACUCGCAAUGUUGUGUACUGAUACGGUAUUGGGUGUCCUGUGUUUGCCCGCAAAAAAUGUAUCGAGAUUUUUAAGAAUCAGAUGGGUGAUGGGUGCGUGUCGCGUACAGUCCUUGGAUAUAGGGAUAUCCGGUUGGUAUUGUGGUCCUUUGAUUGGGUGCUAAAAGCACAGGACCUAUUUUAAAAAGCCUCUGUAAAGUAACCUUCACGUUUAAUUUGUAAACACACCGACAAACUUGCUUCAUCUAGGUUCAUUUUUAAAUUCUAUGCUCUCUAACCCGGUCUGUGUGGCCUGCUCAAACCAACUGCGUUAUCUUUUCUUUGCUUCUCUCCUUCUUUUUUUCGGUUUUGUCGAUAAAUUUUAUUUUUAUUAAAAUUAAAUUGGGCCGGCCAGGUUUUUGGAACCGUUCGUGGUAACCUGCCCCGAUCUCCGAGAUAAAAACAAAAACCCUAGAUAGUAUAGAGAACUGCCAAUUCAUCAAAACAGUUUAUUAUCGACCUCUGUUUUCUUAAUGCAAAUAUGUCCUUUGUUUACAACCUCGUCCCCAGGGCGCUUUUCCCUGGCUUUGAAAAGCGCCCUGGGGACGAGGUUGCUCUGUUUGCCUUGCCUUAUACGUAGAGUUGCGGCAAUUGAAACAUGAAACCUGACAUUAGACGAACUUUUAACAGCUCCUAUAAGUUUUGCAACCAAGCGAAAUGAAGGUAGAGCCUAAUUUCAGUCUUAAGCCAAGGACAUUUGAAGAUACACUUACAAAUAUUCUAAUACCACCUGUCCAUUUCAAAAUUGCUCCUAAGAGUUAAGUAACUAAGUUUUAACAAAUUUAUACACCCUCUAAUGGCUUACAUUCAAUUGGACAAUAAUGAUAAAUUCUCAUCAACUCUCUGCAAUUACUGUUUAUAAGCCUUUGUUAAAGGUAGAAUUUAUUUCUAGCUCGCAAAUUGUGAUAGCAAUUAUUUUAAGGAAACAUUCUUGAAAGACAUUGUUCAAACAAAGUAAUUUAAAUUUUAGUAAUGAAUAAGUAUUGUAAUAUUGUUUGUUUUUGCGAAUUUCUCAUCAAAAUCAAUUGCGGUUUUUACUUGGAUUACUUUGAACAGCUGACGAGAUUACGUUUAAUUGAUUAAUUUUGGAACGUCAUUAGAGGCCCGAUUCUCUAUACUUGUUCAAAUUUCUCAUAAUUACGAUAACUAUUUACUUACAUUGUUUACUGAACAAAGGUUUUUAGUGCACAGAAUUAACUCUUAGUGAGCGACAUUCUAAAGAUUUGCAGUUUUAACUAAAAUCUCACACAGCCUGAUCGUUCUUGAAUCCUUUGCAGAAGAAAAAAGGUUUUCUUGUACGCGGGCUUAAGGUCAAAAGUCAUGUAGGUAUUCUUUUUUGUAAGUAUGCUUUUUAAUCCACUGUAGCGUGGCAAAGUGUUGCUUUCCGUACGGAUUAGUUCAAUUUAAAACUGACUUCCAGUAUCUAGGUCUACCUUGUACCCUUUUCUUUACAUUGAGUUAGUUAUUACUUCAGGUUGACUAUGGUAAAGACACGCUCACUUAUAGAGGGAAGCACCCAUAAAGUUGGAACACAAUAUAUAUUUAGUUUUUAUCAGUUUCAUAUGUUUUUCUGUAUGAACGACAGCUUAGUUGUCUUGAGUCAAUCUAAUCUGGAGAAGACCCAAGUAUCUCAGUGCCUUCAUCACCAAUGACAUGUCCAAUGGCUGGUCAACCUGUUUUCGUUGUCUCUAUAACUUGUUUGAUGUUCCACGAAUUUGUUGCUGAACACUGUGGUACAAGCAGCUACUCCAUUUAUCAAAUGAUGCUCAAAGGACACACCUAUACGAGAAUCAAGGCCAGGCCAGGCUCGCCGCUCGAUUGUAAGCAGGCCUGUGACUCUGAUGUCAGAUGUCAGAGCUAUAACUACAUCAUAUCCCAAGACAUAUGUGAGUUGAAUACCAGAACCAAAGAGGCCAGACCAGACGAUUUUAUCAAGAACAGUGACAGAUACUACUUCAAGAAAACCCCAUACAGAGGUAGGAAUAUUCAAACCGCAACUCAUGUAUAUUUAAAACCACUCGCAAGAUUAACUAAAGAAGAUGUAGACAACCGAAUCUCGCAUUCCAUGUGAAAUAACUGAAAUAUUCAAAGGAAGGCUUUCAGCUUAUCAGUGGUUCUUUUUAGUGAAUGUGUGCCUGCGAAUAAAAAAACGCGUAUUGUAGAGCAGUAAGCAGCCAACAGAGUUAAUAAAAAAGAAAAGCUAAAAGCAACCAAUCAACGCAUUAUUCUUGCCUUGUAGCGUCCCGGGUGCGUUCUAGGAAAUCGCGGACAAGCUUGGAAACGAAUUUUCGAAGCGCGCAAGGCGGCUUGGGAAGAGUAAAGUUUGGUUCACCUUUCCCAUGGCCCUUUGCAUCAAUCUUAAAUCAGUCCAAGUUUCCUCAGGCGCCCUCAGCUGAACGUUGCUAUUUUGAGGUUCAAAGGAAGAACAUGCAAAUUGUACAAUAACAGAACGAUUUCUAAGCAUUUUCUGGGCAUUUUUCUGGUGCUUCCAGCGUUACCAUUGAAUUUCAAAAAAAUGUCAUAUAUUGGUUGAGCCCAAACAUCAACACUUCAAACCACCUUGUGCAAUUUGGGUGUGUCAUGAGUGAAGUCCGUCUUUCACCAACGUCAAGUUGAUAUGAAAGUGGGGAAAACUAUAUUGUUUAUUACCUCUGUUUAUGUUUUAUAUCCUUUCGAGACGUUUUUUGAAAACUUCGGCAGUCGUUAGAACAUCUUGAUCAAUGUUCGAUCGGAAUCGUCGAGACAUUUCCGCCUACGAAGAACAACGAGCUUUAUUAAUAGCAUGACCAUACAAGUACCGAUACAGUAUUGCAAAAGCUAUUUUGAAAAGAAGAAUUAAAAUUAAGUCAUAGGGCAAUUGAGUUUUGGUAUUAAUUUGUCACGAAGAUCAAAGCAAGCUGAAAUAUAUUUCAUGAAUUGUAUAUUGAUUAAGUUAUUAGAGGAGUUCAUCAGUUCAUUGAUCAUAACGUUUACAGGUGACUGAGGUGGUAAUAUUUGGAACCAGAGUCUUAACUUUGUAAAAAUUUAUUUAUUCCUAAUUAUAGAGUAUGUAGAACAACGAAAAAUUAGGUGAACUUCGUCUUCUAUUAGAUUGGAUCCACAAAGAGGUAAAUGCCUAUUAUCAAUCGAAAGUCGUUAGGACAUCUUCGGAAAUCCAGGUUAUAUGGCAGAGACGAUAUAAUUGCCUCAUACAUAAAACAUUGAAAGAUAUUGAAGUAAGAAAGGGAAGUAAAAACAAUUUAAGCGCUUAAGCUGCCCCGAUUUUUUUUGUCCCCAAAUUAGUAUGGGCUUUUUCCCAAGCUAAACGGCUCCGACACAUCAAUGAAGUUUUCAAUUCCAUUCCGAAUAUUCCUUGAAUAGGACGGUAUUAAUUGUUCCCAAUACAAAAUAGUGCACAAAAAGUGAACUUUUUCAAAAAGUUUCCUAGGACCUUUGUCAUUGGACAUGAAUUUAAUUUAGCUGUCGUUUGUUUUUUCUCCAGAGCGCCUCGGUUCUAUUCCCGUCCUCUCUGCUGAAUCGUGCGCAGAGAUCAAGGCGAGUGAAGGAGAACAAGCUGUCAGCGGUGAAUACUGGUUGGAUCCAAGCGGAUCUGGGACCUCUGUGUUUGUUCAUUGUGACAUGAGCGAGCCUACGCCAAGUAGGUCGUUUUUAUAG